AUGCAGAGACCGAGGUCUUUGCACCUAAAUCUGGAGGGAUUACCAGCCGAAGCCACCGCAGAUGGCCCAGCUGUCCUCCGGAAAGUAAUAAACAACAGCCUCAAAGACGGAGGUAUUGUAAUGGACAAGAUCGAUGGCAUAGAGUGCUUCAGCAAAGUGGCAUGGUAUAUAGUAUUUACAACCCGGCAAGUCCGUACGGAAGCAAAGAACAAAAUUAUUAAACUAUACGAGAAAGACUUUGUACUAGAAAGCCUAGAAUAUGAAAGAACCAGGGUGAAUUACACAUGGGUAAGACUCUACGGGUAUCCUUUAGAUUCGGACAGCACCUUUUUACAGAAAACCAUGACCUUGUAUGGCGAUUUGAACUCCCUCAUAGAUGAGGUGGACGGUCGUUUACAGAUCAAAACGGGGGUGAAAAUAGCCCAGUUCAGCAACUUAAAAGGGAAUAUCCCAUCCUUUAUCCACGUCAGGAAACAUCGAGUCCGAACAGCAUACAGAGGGCAGACGAAAACAUGUCGGAACUGCCACCAAGCGGGUCACGAGGUGAAAGAAUGCACGGCCGGAAAGGUGUGUAAGCAAUGUGGGAAAUCAGGCCACACGAAGGGGGACUGCCCAGAACGCAUAUGCUUCCACUGCCUCAGGAAGGGGCACGAAGCACACAAUUGUCCCAAAUACGCUGAAGAGUACCCAGGUUUGUUGGAGCCAAGAACAACAGAGCAAACAACAAAUCAGGAAGAAACCCCAAUCAAUGAGAGCGGAACCACAACGACCACUGAAUCCCUUGACAUAUCCACAACCAAGAAUGAACCAGCACAGGCUGAACUCACCACCCAAUCCCCGAUAACAACUCCUCUACCAACGCAAGCAAUGGAAAGUGAAGGACAACCGGCAAUAGAAACUCGAACAUCCCAAACCGAGAGCACCCAGCCCACCCCAACACCUAAUCCCCCAGACCCACAACAAACCAAUGCAUCCCAAUCCCUCAACACCACAGGAGCAACACCGGAAGUGGACAGUACCCCAAAAUCAGACCCAGCAACCAAACCACCCUCUACGGAGAAAUGGACAACGCAAGACGACCCUACCAUCCCUAUGAAAACUGAAAAACUGGCAACAGCAACCCAACAACAAACCCAAACCAAGAACACCCAUCCUUUUAAAAAACCCAAACCCCUUGACCAGCAACAAAAACCCACAACCAAACCCCCUACCAUCUCAGGAACAAUGUCGGAAUCAGUCAGCACCCUGACUCCAGGUCAAAGCACAUCAUCAGAAUCGGAAGAAAAACCACCCCUCAAAACAAUAAAAACAACACCACCAACAACCCAAACGAAAGGACAAGAACCAGAAAAACCGGAACAACAAGGAAAGAAAGCAGAAGAACAUGGAAAGAAGGUAACGGCAUCAGGGAGCCAGAAAUCACCGCGGAAAAAGAUGAGAAAGGGGCGGUCAGCUGUCGCUGUCUCAGGGGGGAGAAGCAGGCACCCAUUUUAUCUUUUAAAAUGGCAUAUAAGUGCAUAUGUUUAAAUGCUAAUGGCAUUGCUGAAAAGGAAAAACGAAAACGGAUUUAUGAUUUUUUACGUGCAUUUAAUGCAGACAUUGUAUUUCUACAGGAAACACAUAGUGACAGUGAGGCAAACGAACAGUUAUGGACAAGGGAAUGGGGGGCUCAUGUAUAUGGAGCCGAGGAUCAAACCGAAGCAGGGGGGUCGCAGUCUUGUUUAAACCGGGACUAG